GUCACUUCCCGCAGGUUUCUGUAACGUGUCCUUACCGGCUGAGCCAGGGAAGCCGAGCGAGCAGUGAGAGCAGGAACCCCCUCAGACACCGGACAUGGCGGAGCUGGAACCCGCCGCUCUGCUCAAUGAGACCGAGGCGGCCGCGAACGGCACCGCCAAGCUGGGGAGCUCCCCCGAGGGUGCCGCGCUGGCCUAUGGCAGCCUCCUCACCAUGGCCCUCCUGCCCAUCUUCUUCGGGGCCAUGAGGAGUGUCAGCUGUGCCCGGGGCAAGAAUUCCAGUGACAUGCCUGAAACAAUUACUAGCCGAGAUGCUGCUCGGUUUCCGAUCAUUGCCAGUUGUACUCUCUUUGGACUCUAUAUAUUCUUUAAAAUUUUCUCCCAGGAAUACAUCAACCUGCUUCUAUCAAUGUAUUUCUUCGUUUUGGGAGUUCUGGCAUUGGCUCACACCAUUAGUCCAGCCAUGAACAGACUAUUACCAGCAACUAUACCUAACAAACAGUACCAGCUUCUCUUCACCCAGGGCUCGGGGGAGAGCAAGGAAGACAUUUUGAAUUACGAGUUCGAUACUCGGGAUCUUGUCUGCCUCGGGUUGAGUUCAGUCGUUGGAGUCUGGUACAUCCUGAAGAAGCAUUGGAUUGCCAAUAACCUAUUUGGUUUGGCUUUUGCUCUUAACGGCGUGGAGCUUCUGCAUCUGAACAACGUCAGUACCGGCUGCAUCCUGUUGGGGGGGCUGUUCAUCUACGACAUCUUUUGGGUUUUUGGGACCAAUGUCAUGGUUACUGUGGCUAAAUCUUUCGAGGCACCAAUAAAAUUGGUGUUCCCCCAAGACCUCCUUGAGAGGGGCCUGGAAGCCAAUAACUUCGCCAUGCUGGGACUUGGCGACAUCGUCAUUCCAGGUAUUUUCAUUGCUCUGCUGCUUCGUUUUGACAUCAGCUUGAAGAAGAAUUCACAUACUUAUUUCUACACCAGCUUUGUGGCGUAUGUGUUUGGUCUGGCGUUGACCAUUUUUGUGAUGCACACCUUCAAACACGCACAGCCGGCUCUCCUGUACCUGGUCCCAGCCUGUAUUGGAUUCCCCCUGAUCGUUGCCUUGCUGAAAGGAGAACUGACUGAGAUGUUUAGCUAUGAGUCCUCUGCGGAGCUCCUACCUCAUACUCCUCGCCUCUCUCACUUUCCGGCGGUCUCUGGAUCUCCUGCUAGUCUGGCCGAAUCCAUGCAGCAGAAAACCUGCUCCCCCCGCCGCAGGCGGCAUCUGAACCCCAGCUCCAUGUGAAGGGCCUUUCUCCUAUCUGCAUUCAGACAGAUAUGAAGAGCAGCCAAAGGAAGUGCCCACAGACAACACGGAUGAGACGGAUAAAAAAGAGGAUUGAGCCCCCACGCUACCCUGUUGUGUCAUUAAGGGGGGGAGGGCUAAAAUCUCUAAGAGAGAAUGAGCCCCUUCCUCUUGCCAUCUCUGUGUGUAAAACUGCUUGUGCCCCCUUAAGUGUCCCCUCGCCUGUCUUGGGCCUCCCCGUGUACCCUAUGAGUGUCGCUGGGCCGGUAUUUUUAUAUUUUGUAUGGUGGAUUUGCUUUAUGGUAUUAAAUAGUCAGUGACUAUGUGUCUGUGCGCCACCCUCGCCAAAAGUGUUGAGGAGGUGCCGACAGAUAUCGCUGUAUAUAUGAA